GCAGGAGAUGGAUGAACACAUGAGGAGCAUGCUGCACCACCGAGAGCUGGAGAAGCUCAAAGGAAGGGACUGCGGACACGAGUGCAGAGUGUGUAAGGUGACGGUGGCGAGCCUGACGGAUUACGCCGGACACAUCUCCAGUCCCAGACACAAGCAGAACGUGGAGGCCGCCGAGCUGAAGCAUGCUGGGAACGACCGCGACGAGGUGUACUUCGACCGGGCGUUUGUGGACCUCAUCGAGAAGAGGAAGGAACAGAUCAGGAAAGAAAAAGAGGCCACUUCUGCAAAGCUUGCAAAAGAAGAAGCGGACCGCCGGAGAAAGGAGGAGAUGAGGCUGAAACUAAAAGAAACUAAGGAACACUACCGGCUGGAGAUCGUCCGGAAACAACAACAACAACAGGCUCAGGCCUCCAGAGGAUCCAUUCACAACCGGACCUGGUACCGGGGGAACCAAUUUGAAGGGGAGGCCCCGCCCUGGCAGCACAACCAGCAGCCGGGGAGGAGCGCCACCUGGCACGCUCAGGACCCGCCCAACCUGCAGAAGUGGGCGUCAGCGGAGUUCACCGGAGGAAGUUUACACAACCAGGGCAGCCGGCAGUGGGACCAGAAUGGAUUCUCUCAGCAGAGCCGCCAUCCGUGGCUGAGCAGCGGAGGCAGCAGCAACGGCAUCUACGGGAGGAAUAACAUCGCCCAGUGCCCACCGCAAAGAAGCCGACCGCUGAGCUUCCUCGGGUCUGCUCCCAUGUAUCCACCUCCACCCAUUUUGUUUUCCCGCCCUCUUAACCAGUUUCAGAGUAAAGCGAGUGAUCAGCAGGCGGAGGUAGUUCAGAACGGAGAGGUGAAAACACCAGAACCGGACCACAGCAGCGGGAAAAGCUCUAAAACCUGUGGGAGCAAUCCGAAGCUGGACAAAGCGUGUCGCUGGACUCCCUAUCCCUGCACUAAGGGGUUUGAAUCUGCACCCCAUAAGGAGACGAACCCAACAGAGAAGCCCCCAACAGAGAAGCCCCCAACAGAGAAGCCCCCAACAGAGAAGCCCCCAACAGAGAAGCCCCCAACAAAGAAGCCCCCAACAGAGAAGCACCCCAAACCCCAGAAACAAGAGAAGCCACAAGAGGCUUUAAGCAGGCAGUCUCAGCCUAAAGAGAAACAGAGCGUGGAAGAUAAAGGGAAGCAUAAAACAAUCCCCAAAACCAAACCCAGAGACCGGAGCAGCAGCGGGAGCAGAAGCAGCGGCAGCAGCACGCAGAGGGACGCCAAGCAGGACGCCACUCCUGGAGCUUCAAAUCAGAAAGCGAGUAAGCCCUCGCUGCAAAAAGACCGGACGACGACUUCGGUUCCUGGUCCAGCGCAACUCGCCUCAAAACAGCUGAAGGCACAAUCCAAAUCAGCCGGAUUGAGCUCCCAGGCUCCGGCUGUCGGGCCGCUUCAGUCGAGGCAGGAGAGGCAGAUUCCAGAAGCUUUAAAGAAAGCCCGACAGAGCGUGUUGGAGAAGAAGAGCUCCUUGGAGGGGAACAACCGGACGGAGAUGAAGCUGCACAUCGUGGAGGGUCAGAGUCAGAUCGGAGUGAAUAAAGAGAACAGGCAGAAUGCAGCUAAACCCAAGCUGCCGGAUUUAGUGAGAGCAGAAAAGCCUGCGUCACAAUCUCCAGACGGCGGCCAGUUCCUCCAGUCGUUACAAGUGAGCACCUCAACUCUGGAGAGCUCCGAUCCUGCAGCGUUAAACCAGGAGAGCACGGAGAAGGAAGCAUCCGCGGCGGCCUCAGAUGAAGCCACGCAGGCAGCAGAGUUCGGCCAGAGUUCAGAGAGCGACGCCUCCAGAAGCGGUGACGCUCAAACGGCGUCCGGUCUCUCCAAACUGGACCUGCCUCCCGUCCUGAAGCGAGACCUGACCAAACACAUCAGCACCAAAAGCAAACCGGGCGCCCGCGAGCCCAACCUGAACAUCGCCCGGCGGGUCAGGAACCUGAGCGAGUCCCGGAGAAGCGACUCGGAGAAAGACUCGGGACUCAAACCCACGGUGAGGCAACUCAUCAGCUCCUCCGGGUCCCGACGCAACGUCAACUGGGAGCAGGUGUACCAGGAGGUCCGGAAGAAGCAGGACAAAGGGAAAGGCAUGCCGAGGUUUGGGAUCGAGAUGGUGCCGAUGGAGCAGGAGGACCAGAGCCAGGAGGAAGGAGACAUUCCCCUGAUCGAGGGCUUCCAGUGGGAGUCUUUAAUGGACGCCCCCGCCUCCAGAAAGCGCUCCUUAUCAGAGAGCAGCAUCGCCCCCGCAUCCGCCCACUCCCUGUUCACACCCUUCAUCAAAAAGGAGGAGCCGGAACAAAGACAAGCAGAGUUCACUUCUCCAAGUCCUGCGUCCGCUAAAGGGAACAAGGAGGAGGAGAAGCAGCAGGUGGAGGUGGAGCAGAUGCUGGGUCAGAGUGAGGAGAAAGCUCCGGAGAAGUUGACCUUGGCCACAGUGAGGGCGCUGCAGAGGUCAGACUCUGUGCUCGGUGACAGCAGCUCGAUGGAGGAGCUCUACGACGGACAGGGAACCGGGAAGAGACGAAGAGCAGCCGGGGUGAGAACAGAGAGCAGGGUGAACGAGGAACGGAGGUUUUAUACAACAUUUAGGACGGAUAGGAAGAAAAUGGUAUGGCAGCUAAAUAUACAGGUCUAUCCAGGGCCGUUUCUUCCUAUAGGCCAGGG